CAUUAUUCUCCGUCGAUUCUCUCUCUCUGCUCCAUCCUCAUUUUUGUGUCGCCACCUAAAUUAACGUUCUCUCUCUCUCUCUCUCUCUUCCCUUCAUUCCCAUUUUACCAUUUUCGUUUCCCUCUCCCAUGUCCGAUCUGCUUUACUGGCCCUCCUAACCAGCUACAUUUCAACUCCUUCCACUUCGGUUGACUCUCUUUCUCUCUCUUAAUUACUCUACCCUUUCCUGCAUAUUCAAUGUUUUUCUCUCACCCACCCAUUUCUCCACUCCCAUAAUCCUCUUCACUUUCUUCUUCCUGUUUUCCCCGUCUCCGGUGACCUCCAUUGCUACCCCGCUUUCCCUUUUCAACUUCUUCCUCCUCCAAACCACCAUUCUCACCUACCCUUUUCCCCAUCUUUUCAUUCCCCCAUUUUAUUUUUGUUCCUAGAUUCUCUCUAUCUCCCUCUCCCACACCUAAAUUAGCUUUUUGUCUGCUCUUUAUCUUGCAUUUUCUUCUACCCUUCCCUAAAUUCUUUCUGCCCCUUUCUUCUAAUCUUCUUCCGCCCCCCAGAGAAUCUGGUUUGUUACAGCUCCAUAUUGGACUCUCUAUGCUUAUUGGGUCCCUGUUGGUUAAAAUAGAAGCCCUUUCUCUGCUUCUGUUUCGUUUUAAAGAGGAAGAUCAAGGGGGUUAGUCUAGAUCUGUUGAAAGGUCGAAAUGUCUUGAUUUGUCUGCGGCUGGAACUUAGGGGGCUGAGCCAGUUCAAAGUUUUGGCAACUUGAGGAUCGGCCGUAGCUAUGUCAUCUGGAAGUAGUCUGAAUACAGAAUUGUCAAAGAAAACAUCCUUCCUUGGUUUGUCCUUAUGGGUUUUGAUCUGCUUGUGUGUUGGUGCAUUUAUUGUUUUGAUUCUUGGUAUUUUAUCUGUAUGGGUGAUGUUUCGAAGAAAAACAAGGAGAUCCCCUGAAAACUUCUCUGUUUCUCAAAUACCAAAUGUCUCAAAGGAUAUCAAGGUGGACAGAAUAGCGACUCAAUCUGCUCACCACAAUCAUCUUGAGAGUCUAUAUCUUUCCAUUAAUGAUAAAUCUAGUGACAAGAACUCGGAGAAGAUGAUUGGUCAUUUGGGUAUGAGCAAGUCAAGUGAUCAUGAUAACAUAAGCCAAUGCAGCUCCAAUUAUCAUAAUGAAAGGGUUUUUAGCUCACAUUCAGGAGAAGAAGGAAGCUCUGGGACUGUUAGAAAGCAGGGUUCCAUGUCAUAUGGAGCGUAUGGAGGACUUGUAACUGCCUCUCCUCUUGUUGGCUUGCCCGAAAUUUCACAUCUUGGUUGGGGUCAUUGGUUUACACUCAGGGAUCUUGAAUAUGCAACAAAUCGUUUUUCUGCUGACAAUGUGCUUGGUGAAGGGGGUUAUGGGGUUGUCUAUAAAGGCAGACUGAUAAAUGGAACUGAAGUUGCAGUGAAGAAACUUCUCAAUAAUCUGGGACAAGCAGAGAGAGAAUUUAGAGUUGAAGUGGAGGCCAUUGGCCAUGUAAGGCACAAGAAUCUUGUACGGCUUCUGGGCUACUGCAUAGAAGGAGUUCAUAGGAUGCUGGUUUAUGAAUAUGUGAACAAUGGCAACUUAGAACAAUGGUUACAUGGGGCUAUGCGCCAACAUGGCACCCUUACAUGGGAGGCCCGAAUGAAGGUGCUUCUUGGCACUGCCAAGGCGCUAGCUUAUUUACAUGAAGCAAUUGAACCGAAGGUUGUCCAUAGAGACAUAAAAUCAAGCAACAUCUUAAUCGAUGAUGAAUUUAAUGCAAAGGUUUCAGAUUUUGGGUUGGCUAAACUGUUGGAUGCAGGGGAGAGUCAUAUCACGACUAGAGUAAUGGGAACAUUUGGCUAUGUGGCACCAGAGUAUGCAAACACGGGCUUGUUAAACGAGAAGAGUGACAUUUACAGCUUCGGCGUUCUCCUUCUAGAAGCAAUUACAGGAAGAGACCCUGUGGACUAUGGCCGUCCUGCCAAUGAGGUUAAUCUUGUUGAGUGGUUAAAAGUGAUGGUAGGCACAAGGAGAGCUGAGGAAGUCAUGGACCCAAGUUUUGAAACGAAACCCGCUACUCGGGCGUUGAAACGUGGCCUUCUGAUUGCACUUAGGUGUGUGGAUCCUGAGGCAGAUAAGAGACCAAAAAUGAGUCAAGUUGUUAGGAUGCUUGAAGCUGAUGACUACCCGUCACGUGAGGAUCGGAGGAGCCAAAAGAGCAGCACAGCUAAUUCGGAGAUUGAAUCCACAAAAGAGAGCUCCGGACAAGGCGAGGUGGGAAGUAAUGCAUGAGAAGGGUAGGUUGUUGUGUUGGUUGUAAGUGGUAGUAGGGAGUAAGAGUAGAAUGAGGAGUUUGAAAGGAUUGAAUGUGAAAAGAGUGAGCAGUUCCUCCAUCAUUUCCGUGUGGGAGUGACUGACUGGGAAUGAAAAAAGAAAGCACCCUUUUUAGAGAACGUAAAAAGAUAAGAUUUGCAGACA